CUAGGUUAUCGCUGCCCUGGUCGUGGCUUGAGCACGGUGAUGCGGGAGCCGGGCGGCUGUGAGGGGCCGGGUGGCGCUGAGGGGAGUUCGGCGGCGGGGCCGCCAGCCGCUCUCUCACACGAGGGCUGCCCCGGAGGCGAGUGACAGGUUGGGGGCGAGCGGCGCGCCGUCCUCCCCCCGCCCAGCCAGCCCCCCUCCCCUCCCGGCCGUCCCCCUUCUCCCUGCCCAGCUGCACCGAGACCCCCAGCCCUGGGAGAGGAGGAGGAGGAGACCGACCCCUCAUCGCCAGCUUUCCUCCGCCACACACCUCCCCUUUUCCCCUCCCUCUGGCCUCAGCGCCGCACUGGCGGAGGCCGGAGAGGGCAGGCAACGCGGGAAGGCGGCUCUCCCAGCAUGGACGAGCCAUGUGUAUCCUAAGGAAUAACAGCAGCUGCUGCGCCCACGAUGGGGAGCAGAGGAAUGCGAGGAGGAGAGGGCUUGCUGGGGCAGAAUCAAAGAACCUGUGCGUGACAUCGUCAUGAAUGAGAGAAGAAAGUAAUACAGUAUUGGAUGUGCCUGUUUGCUGCCACUGUUUAGAGAGAAAAUGAUGCAUUAUGGGCAAUCACUCAGAAGGAGUGAAUGAGAUGAACUGUUUGGGUUAUAGUAUCUGAAAGGCUGAAUUAUUCUCUUGGAGAGACGUUCUAAAUGAGCCUGACCGAGAUCCUGGAUCUGUGUGAAGAGGACUAAGGAUAUAGGAUGUCAACUGAGACAGAACUUCAAGUGGCUGUUAAAACCAGCACAAAGAAAGACUCCAAAAAGAAAGGUCAGGAUCGCAGUGAAGCCACUUUAAUAAAGAGGUUUAAAGGUGACGGUGUCCGAUACAAAGCAAAACUGAUUGGGAUAGAUGAGGUUUCUGCCGCACGAGGAGACAAGUUAUGCCAAGACUCCAUGAUGAAGCUCAAGGGAAUUGUUGCUGCGGCUCGUUCGAAAGGAGAACAUAAACAAAAAAUCUUCUUAACAGUCUCCUUUGGGGGAAUCAAAAUCUUUGAUGAAAAGACAGGGCUACUACAGCACCACCAUGCAGUUCAUGAAAUUUCAUACAUCGCAAAGGAUAUCACUGACCAUCGAGCGUUUGGAUAUGUGUGUGGAAAGGAGGGAAAUCAUAGAUUUGUGGCAAUAAAAACAGCCCAGGCAGCCGAACCUGUAAUUCUGGACUUGCGAGACUUGUUUCAGCUCAUCUAUGAACUGAAACAAAGGGAAGAAAUGGAAAAAAAGGCACAAAAGGACAAACAGUGUGAACAAGCGGUAUACCAGACAAUUUUGGAAGAAGAUGUAGAAGAUCCUGUAUACCAGUACAUUGUGUUUGAGGCUGGACACGAGCCAAUCCGUGAGCCUGAAACGGAAGAAAACAUUUAUCAGGUUCCUACCAGCCAAAAGAAGGAAGGUGUUUAUGAUGUGCCAAAAAGUCAACCUGUAAGUCUGCAGAAUGGAAACUUAUUGCUGGACAUUGAUGAAAAUCUUGUUUCAGUCACUCAGGCUGUUACCCAACUAGAGCUUUUUGGGGACAUGUCCACUCCUCCUGAUGUAACCUCUCCCCCGACUCCUGCUACUCCAGGUGAUGCCUUUAUCCCUUCUUCAUCCCAGUCACUCCCUGCUAGUACAGACAUGUUUGGUUCUGUACCUUUCAGCACUGCUGCCGUACCCUCAGGUUAUGUUGCCAUGGGAGCUGUUCUGCCCUCAUUCUGGGGACAGCAACCACUUGUUCAACAGCAGUUGGCCAUGGGUGCUCAGCCUCCAGUUGCUCAGGUGAUGCAGGGAGGACAGCCGAUAGCGUGGGGCCAACCCGGUAUUUUUCCUCCUACUCAGCAACCGUGGCCAUCUGUAGCUGGUCAGUUCCAACCAACUGCCUUCAUGCCAACACAAACUGUUUUGCCUUUACAAGCAGCCAUGUUUCAAGGUACCAUCGCUCCUAUAGCUACUGUUCCACCCACAAGUGAUUCCAACAGAUCAAGUCCACAGACAGACAGGCCCAGACAGAAAAUGGGAAAAGAAAUGUUUAAAGAUUUCCAGAUGGCUCAGCCUCCACCAGUGCCAUCAAGAAAACCAGAUCAGCCUUCCCUCAGUUGUACCUCAGAGGCCUUCUCAAGUUACUUUAACAAAGUUGGGAUGGCACAGGAAGCAGAUGAUUGUGAUGACUUUGACAUCUCUCAGUUAAAUUUGACUCCUGUGACUUCCACGACACCAUCUACAAAUUCACCUCCAACCCCUGCACCCAGACAGAGUUCUCCAUCAAAAUCAUCAGCAUCCCAUACCAGUGAUCCUGCUGCAGAUGACCUCUUUGAAGAGGGGUUUGAAAGCCCAAGCAAAAGUGAGGAGCAAGAAGCUCCUGAUGGGUCUCAGGCCUCAUCCAACAGUGAUCCAUUUGGUGAGCCAACUGGUGAUACUAUAAGUCCACAGGUCGGUAGCUAGAUAGCGCAGGUUGGGGAAGCAGAACCUCUCUACGCCCAGAUCAACAGACCUAAGAAAUAGCGUUGUACAGGCUUGUGGUGCUCCGAGACUCAAACGAAACCCAACAACCUGGCAGGCGUUUGGCUUUCGUGCUUUUUUCCAAUUGAUUUUGUCUGACAAGGAGAGAUGAUUGCCCUCCUGGACUGGCUCUACAAGUGUUCCUGACCUUUUUUUUUUUCCCUUUUUUUUUUUUUUUUUUUGGCAACCGAUGGCAGAUUCCUAUGGCAGCACAAAAUAAAAACUCUCCCUGCUUAUCAUACCACGAGUCCAGCCCCGUCCCCACACAUCAUGGGUAUCCAGACUAGGAAACCUUACUCCUCGGUCUUCUUUUAAACAUUUGGUCUCUUCUGUAUGCCACAUAUAAAUAAUGAGCGUCUGAAAUUUAUCGAGUAUUAGACAUUCUUUUUCUUUUGAGCAAAAAGCAGAGUCUGUAUGUAGCAGUGGCAUUAUCAUUCAACAGCCUUCUGGGCACAAGUCGGCACUUUUUAUGUCAUGAUGACAUGUUCUUCAUCAUCAUUUACAUCAGGCUGAUCCUGACUUCCCCCCCCCCCCCCCCCGUGUAGGCAUACUUUAAAAAGUACUGGUAGUUUCUUUUUUUUUUUGUAUUUCUUAUUCUGUAGUUUUGUAUGAGUGACAGAUCUAACAGCAAAACGCCUCCUGCAGAAAUGAUUCCUAACUUGAAACCACAGAAUAAAACUCGGUUGUUUAUCCAUCCUGACUGAAAAAGUUGCCAAAUGGACCUUUAAGUUCUAGCGCAUCAUGAGGAAGAAAUGCUGCUUUUCUGUUUGAAUACUCAUGUUGUGGGUAGAAAAAAGGACAUCGAGUCCCACUGAGGAAAGAAGAAAGAGUCAGUAUUUCCUAGGAAACUCUAAACAAAGUGCAGAAAAGGAAUAUUUUUAUUUCUUCAAUAUCUUGCUGCUGUAAUGCUAUGCAGACAAGUGUUUUCUUCUCUGUGUGCCAUUUUUGAUGAAAAAAAAAAUCAUUUGCCAAAUAAUACUGGUAUGAUUCUGGUUUAGGAAUUUGGACGAAGCGGACUUUACAGAUGGGACAAGGAUGGCAUGGAUUUUGGAAUAACAAACUGAUUCUGUGAUCAAAUUGUUCAUCUUUAUCACUUUUUGUACAUCAGAAAAAUCAAAUGGGAUUUUUAUUUUAUAACUUGAAAAAAUCUUACUGUUAAACUCUUUAAAUGUUUAAGGGGAAAUGGCUUUAAGGAGUUCGAAUGAAAAUUGCCAGGUUUUUUGUAAAUAUAAAUGUUAUGAAAAUUCUUUUACUAAUGCCAUUACACAGUAGAGAAGGUAGCAAGUUGCAGUGCUUGGGAGGUGUGGCAAACCCAAUUUGUGGUCCUCACAUCGCGUACGUUUUUUCACAUGCUUACGAUAAUGGGCUGAAGCUCAAGUGCAUUUGCCAAAAGCAGUCAGCUUGUCAGUGACUAGUGAAAUUAAUGGGAACACAUGAUUUUAUGAUCUAGUUUUCACACGGACAUCCUCCACUUACAAGAAAUCACAUUUCAUUGACAUUCCUUUGCGAUUCCAGAACCUCUGCAUAGAAGUCAUCAAAUUGUUUACACACAGAACAAAAGAAUUUAAAACGUCCUUUUUUUACAUUUAUGAAGCAAAAGUGCAGUGUUUGGGUUCAUAUGUUUAGCACAUGAUUUUCAUAAAGAAGCUAUAUAUUUUUGCCCUACAGAGAAUUGUUAUACAGGUCAAAUGUGUUUUCCUGAUGUUCCUAUGCAGUUACAGUAUAUUGAAUUUAGUGGUUUAACACUAAAAAGAAAAAAAAAAGAAGAAAAAAAGAAAAAAAAAGAAAAAAAGAAAAAAUACAAAAAGGAAAAAAGUUAAA